AUUAAGUGGGAUAUGCUUAUCUAAAAACUCGAAACUAUUAGGUAUCAGGUGGCAAGCAACUAACAAGUAUACCUAGUACAAUGUUCAUUUAUUAAUUAAUUGGCCUCAAGCCUUUCAAGCCGGCAACCGUUUUAAGUUACCUAUCGUUACCUAUCGUGAUACAUGAACUAGCUAAUACCUCUACGCAAGAUGUCUUACAAAUCCGGUACCUAUACCUACCCCUCACCGUUGGUGGGAUACGAGGACGCCCCGGCGCUUUCGGAGGAGAGAAACGAAGACGGGAAGAGCUUCAAGAAUCCCGCCAAGGAUACUUUGAGUAAAGCUUAUACCGAAUUCCCGGAUCCGCUAGAUAAGGGUCGUCGCGGUGGCUUUGACGUGCAUAUAUAUUAUCUCCAGAGCAAUGAGGCUCAAACGAAGUACGCCAAGGAACUAUGGGAGCGCAUCAGGCAUGAGUUCCCCGAGCUGAGGAUAUACCGGGUCUGGGACCGACCGAUCGGACCGCACCCUGUGGCGAUGUUCGAGGUUAAUCUCUUCACGCCGGCCCAAUUUGGCGCCUUCAUCGCUUGGCUCGCUAUCUACCGUGGCCCCCUGUCUGUGUUGAUCCACCCUAAUACGGCUGAAGAAGGGGACCAUACCGAAGUCGAGCGCCGAAAUCAUACGCAGAGGGCCAUCUGGAUGGGUGAAAGAUAUCCACUUAAUUUGGAUAUGUUCUACUAGAGCAUGAAGCAUGAAAUGAUGUCUGACGACAUGAAAUAAAUGAUAGGUAUCAUUUUGAACGGGAUAGAUCGGAUAUUGCGAUAUUGCAGCAGACCAUAUUGUUAUAUGCGAGCUUUAUCUACUAUAGCUGGUCCGUGCAUUAAUCUUAGCUUUAUCUUCCGCUGACUCUCUCUACUUUUCACAAUAUCACACCACACGU